AUAUAUAUAUGGACAAUAUGUGAAUGUUCCUCAUAUGCUAACAGUAUAUAAUGUCUAUGAUCACAAAGUGAAUACGAGUGAGAAUAUUCCAAGCGAUAUAAGUCCCAUUCAUGGAACAUCUGUGAGUGAUUUUUAAGAAAUAAUUCUAGAUUCAACAACAAUUAACAACAUAAACAAACCUUGAAGGCCAUCAUCGCCAUCAUAUUGUGGGCGCGGUGAGCCUAUCGGAAGCUUUGAUUACCCAGUUCUAACUAAAAGAUAUUUAUUAAUAAAUAAAUCUUAAUUCUUUUGGUUUCGUGACAUGUGGUCUCCAAUGACAAAUGCACCGACCGCGACCACUUUCCCGGAGCCGUCUAUAAAAUGCCGAGGCGGCUGGAAUUCGACACACUCUACCGCCCAGUUGGCCACGGUGAACACCAGCUAGCAACAAUGAAGUUUCUGGUAAUUGUGCUCUUAGCGGCUGCCGCUUGCGCUACUGAGGUUGAGAAGCGAGAGGCGGAGCCGAGCUAUGGCUAUUAUCGUCCUUAUUAUGGCCAUGGAUAUGGCUACCCCUAUGGGUAUCGUAGCCACUACCCAGUAGGCUACGGUUACGUGCACCGCCAUCACAAGAGGUCUGCUGAUCCAGAGCCAGAGGCUGAAGCUUCCUACUACUAUAGACACUACCCUGUCUACCAUCCUUAUGGUCACCACUACGGAAAGAGGUCUGCCGAUCCUCACCCUUAUGCUGACCCUUCCUAUGGUUACUAUGGCUAUCCUCGACCAGUCUACCACUACCCUUCCUAUCACUACGGUUAAGGAGAAACAUCACCAUUGUUUAACCAUCACCGUUGAUUUCCCUGGAGCAUAAAUGUGGAUUUUCCAUUGUUGCUGAUUCAAGAGUGUCUUAUGUACAUAAAAACGAAUUGAAUUGAGACUGAAAAGCACA